UCGUGCGAAUUUCCAAGCAUGCGCAUAAGAAAAUUAUUGGCAAAAAAGGGUGCAGUGUGAAAAGCUGUGAAAAGGCUCGCAAAAAAGAUGAAAAUGGAUUGAUUUCGUGUGUGAGAUAAGAAGAAAACUUACAAAAUUGUAGUGAGAAAAGAAUUAUUUAAAAAAAAAUCAAAGAUGGCCGAGGGAACUUAUGAGUAUGAAUGCAUGAGAGCUGAAUUGUUGGGCGUAGAACCACCCGAUAGGGAGACAUUUGAGGCAAACAGAAAGGCUCAACUUGAGGCUGAACGUGAUAACAUUGAAGCACAACAGGCACAAGAACUUGAGCACCAAGAUGAGCAACUAAAGGGUGGUCAUGGGAAGAUGGAUGAAUUGAAUAGUAUUCUAUCAAUGACACAGCAAAGGAUUAACAAAUUCAAGAAUGUUUGCGGAAGUCUUACAAAUCUACUAAAAAUUCGUCCUGGAUCAGCAUCUGGUGGGGAAUCAAGUGAUGCUGAAGGAGGAGCUUCCGCAGCAGGAGAAACAACGGAAGGUAAUGAUAUCAACAGCGCUCUAGAUACAUUGGAUACGAUGAAGGAUAACGCCUCAAUGUCGACAACUACAGAAAUUCGUGAUACAUCACUCAAUAUUCAGCAAAAAAUGACUGCACAAUUUGGUGCUUUGGACUCAUUGUUGAAUAAGGCCGAAAACGCUCAGUACUCAAUGCAAGAGCAAAAUAAGGAGAUGAAGAAAUUCCUCCGUUAAUUACGCCAUUUGCAAUCAAAAACACAACGAAAGAACUUUCUCAGCUACAUAUUCCUGCUGCGUAUACUCAAUAAAAUUAAAUUAAUUGAAGCAUCUUUCUCCCUCAGAAUAAUGUUGUUUAGGUGAUAUUAUACUUUUACGAAGAUGAACAAUGGGUAAAGAAUGAUAAUCAAACAAAAUGUAUUAAAAAAAAUGUUAGAUUUUGAGAAAGUAGAGAGAUUCUGUGAGUAAGAGAAUGAGAGAAAAAAACUAUUUUUUGGUGGAAUUUCCAGCUUUUUUUCGUGAUAAUUGCGUGUGUGAAAAUAUUUUAUGAAUUUGCGCUUCCAAAUCAUUACAAAUCUUCUUCAAAAAGAAAGCUAAAGAGAAUAUAUAAAUCUUGUUGACAAUUUCAUUGUAAGUUUAUCACGUUUAUCAUAAUGAAAUAAAUUGCAAAACACAAAUUAAAACAAAA